CAGCACCGGAACUGUGAUGUCCAGGACGGAGUACUGUACCUCCCGCCCCUGGUGUUUAUGUAUAUAUUUAUUUAUUUAUCGCCCGAAUAACCAACGCAAUGAGUCGCUGGAUUCCUACGAAAAAGGAGAAAUACGGUGUUGCCAUCUAUAACUAUGAAGCGGUGGGCGAGCAGGAGCUCAGUCUGCGGGUGGGGGACACCGUGCACAUACUGGAGAUGUUUGAAGGAUGGUACAGAGGACACACACUGCGGCAGAAAUCUCAGAAGGGCAUUUUCCCAACUUCAUACAUUCACCUGAAAGAGGCCAAGGUUGAGGGCAGCGGCGCUGAGGAGACGGUCAUCCCCACUGACCUGCCGCUGGUUCAGGAGCUGGCAGCUACGCUGCGAGAAUGGGCACAGAUAUGGCACCAGCUAUACGUGAGCAACAAGAAUGUGCUGUUCAGGAGCGUGCAACAGAUGGCCUACAGCCUGAUGGAGUACCGCUCGCAGAUCGUCUCCGGGACGCUGCCCAAGGACGACCUCGUGGAGCUCAAGAAGAAGGUCACCGCCAAGAUCGACUACGGCAACCGGAUCCUGGGUUUGGACCUAGUGGUUCGGGACGAGUCCGGAAACACGUUGGACCCCGACUGCACCAGCACCGUGAGCCUGUUCCGGGCCCACGAGUCGGCCUCGGCGAGCAUCAACGAGCGCAUCCAGGAGGAGAAGAGUCGAUUGCAGAACCUGGAGAUGCGACGUCAGUCUCUCUUCAGCACUGUACACACCUACAGCCUCCUGAUGAACCUCAAGAACUUCGUCUGCAACAUUGGCGAGGACGCAGAGUUGCUCAUGUCAAUCUACGACCCUGACCAAUCAGAGGUCAUCAGUGAGAACUUCCUAGUGCGCUGGGAUAGUACAGGCAUGCCCAAAGAGAUUGAGAAACUCAACAACCUGCCAGCUCUCUUCACUGACCUGAGCAGCAGUGACCUGAUCCGUCCGCGUCUAUUCCUGGUGUGCCAGAUCAUCAGGGUGGGCUCCAUGGAGCUCAAAGAGGGCAGGAAGCACACGGGAGGGUUAAGGAGGCCCUUUGGGGUGGCAGUGAUGGACAUCACGGAUAUCGCUCACGGGAAAGCUGAUGAUGAGGACAAACAGCACUUUAUCCCCUUCCAACAAAUCGCCAUGGAAACUUACAUCCGUCAGAGGCAGCUGAUCAUGUCUCCUUUGAUUCCGUCGAAGAUCAUUGGGGAGAACGAGCCCCUCACGGCCAUCUUCAACAAGGUCAUUGCUAACCGCGAGGUCAACCAUAAAGGCCAAGGGCUGUUUGUGACUCUGAAGCUGUUGCCGGGAGACCUGGUGCAGGUACGGAAGGACUAUUCUCACUUUGUGGACCGGUCGACGGCCGUCGUCAGGAAGAUGGGCUUUCCAGAGAUCAUACUUCCAGGGUACGUGAGGAAUGACAUCUAUGUGACGCUGAUUCAGGGGGAGUUUGACCGGGGCAAAAAGAAGACGCCCAAGAACGUGGAAGUGCUGCUGAGUGUCCAUGAUGAAAAUGGAACCCCAGUGGAGAAAGCCCUAUUCCCUGGAGCUGGCUAUGAUGGCAUCACGGAGUACAAGUCUGUCAUCUACUACCAGGUCAAGCAGCCCUGCUGGAACGAGACGGUCAAGGUAGCGAUUCCCAUAGAGGAUGUGUGUCGAUGUCACCUGAGGUUUAUGUUCAGGCACCGUUCAUCUCAAGACUCCCGGGACAAGUCCGAGAAGCCCUUCGGCAUGGCUUACGUCAAGCUGAUGAGGACCGACGGCACCACCCUACGGGAUGGCAGACACGACCUCAUCGUCUACAAGGUGGAGAAGAAGGCGGAGGAGGCGGGCACCUACCUGACGCUGCCCGGGUCCUGGGGGGAGGUGGAGGAGCGGGAGCGGCAGACGGGCAAGUCCUUCCACCCCUCCGGCGCCAUCCCCGUCACCAAGGACAGCUUCCAGAUCGCCACCCUCACCUGCUCCACCAAGCUCACCCAGAACGUGGAUCUGUUGGGGUUGUUGAACUGGAGGUCUAACCCCGAGGAGCUGGAGCAGAACCUUCAGAGGCUCAUGGAAGUGGAGGGGGGAGAAAUUGUCAAGUUCCUGCAGGACACCCUGGAUGCUGUCUUCAACAUCAUGAUGGACAUGUGUCAGAAGGACACCUAUGACACACUGGUGUUCAACGCUCUGGUGUUCAUCAUCUCUUUGAUUGGAGACAUCAAGUUCCAGCAUUUCAACCCCGUUCUGGAGACCUACAUCAACAAGCACUUCAGCGCCACCCUGGCCUACGUGAAGCUAACCAAAGUGCUGAAUCAUUACGUGGCGAAUGCGGAGGACCCCAAGCUGACCGAGAGGCUGUAUGCGGCGCUCAAGGCCUUUAAGUACCUCUUCAGGUUCAUCGUCCAGUCACGCGUCCUCCACCUCAGGUUUGAUGGCAACCGAGAGGAUGGCGAUGCUUUCUUCAACUCCAUCCGAACGCUCUUCCUGUCCAUCAAUGCCCUGAUGGACAGACCCCUUGACGAGGGAGUGAAGAUAAAGGGUGCGAUCCUGAAGUACCUUCCCACAAUCAUCAACGACCUGCAGCACGUCUUUGAUCCGGUUGAACUCAGUGUCCACCUGACCAAGUUCAUCGAGAGCAUCCCUGACUCUUACAUGGUGCGGCAGAAGAUUGGCUGCAUGUGCAAGAUAGUAGAGAGCGACCUCUUCAAGCAGGCUGAUUGCAGAGAUGUCCUCUUGCCUCUGCUGACGGAUCAGCUGAGUGGGCAGCUUGACGACCACUCCAGUAAGCCGGACUACGAGGCCUGCAUCCAGCUCCUCAGCACCAUGCUGGACAUGCUCGACCGCAAGGACGUGGGCCCGACAGGGGAACACAUCCGGAUCAUCAUGGAGCGACUUUUACGCAGAGUCAACCGAACUGUCAUAAACAUGAAUGAGAGCUCUCCACUCAUUGGUCACUACCUGGCCUGCAUGACUGCAAUCCUGAAGCAGAUGGACGACCUGCACUACGCCCACUACAUCAACACCUUCAAGACCCUGCAGGACCUCAUUGACUUCCUGAUGGAGACCUUCAUCAUGUUUAAGGACCUGAUGGGGAAGGUGUUUCCGGCGGACUGGAUGCUGAUGAACCUGCUGCAGAUGCAGGUGUUCCUGCGGGCCACCAACCUGUACUCCGACGUGCUCAACGCACGCUUCCUCGACCCCGCACACUUCCAUCAACAGCUCUGGGAUAACUAUUUUCAUCUGACGGUGGGCUUCCUGACCCAUUCGUCUCUUCAGCUGGAGAGCUUCUCUCUGGAGAAGCGUACCAAAAUCUUCAACAGAUAUGGCGACAUGAGGAAGAACCUUGGUUUCAAGAUGAGAGACAUGUGGUACAAUCUGGGCCCCCAUAAGAUGAAGUUCAUCCCGUCCAUGGUGGGGCCCAUCCUGGAGGUGACGCUGAUCCCAGAGCCCGAGCUGCGCAAGGAGUCCAUCCCCAUCUUCUUCGACAUGAUGCAGUGCGAGUACAACUUCAGCCCCAGCCGCACAUUCCAAUCGUUUGAGCAUGAGCUCAUCACUAAGCUGGACCAGGCUGUGGAAGGAGGGCGUGGUGAUGAGCAGUAUAAGGUCCUCCUGGAAAAAACGCUGCUAGAGCACUGCAGACGGCACCGGUACCUGGCGCAGCCUGGAGAGGAGUUGGCUCUGCUGCUCAGCAGCCUGCUGGAGAACCUGCUGGCCUACCGGACCAUCACACACGACGAGAGCCCAGAACUACGCAUGGGCUGCACCGUCAACGUGCUGAACUUCUACAAGGAGGAGAAAAGAGAAGACAUCUAUAUCCGGUACCUGUAUAAACUGCGGGAUCUCCAACUGGACUGUGAGAACUACACAGAGGCUGCGUACACACUCUUACUGCAUGCAGAACUCUUGGAGUGGUGUGACCGGCCCUGCGCCCCCCACCUGAUCCCACGAGCGGGCUCCCACGAGUGGACCCAACAGGAGCUGAAGGAGCGCCUCUUCCACGAGAUCAUGUGCUACCUUGACAAGGGCAAAAUGUGGGAAAAGGCCAUUGAGAUGGGCAAACAGCUGGCCAAGAUGCACGAGAACCAGAUGUUUGACUUCAUGGAGCUGAGCCAACUCCUUAAACAGCAAGCUCAGUACUAUGAGAACAUCAUGCACGCCAUGCGUCCCCAGCCGGAGUACUUUGCUGUGGGCUACUACGGCCUCGGGUUCCCCACGUUCCUCAGGAAUAAGAUGUUCAUCUACCGUGGGAAGGAGUAUGAGUGGUUAGAGGACUUCAGCCUGAAGCUGCUGUCCCAGUUCCCCAACGCAGCCAGGAUGACCAGCACAUCGCCCCCUGGUGAUGACAUCUGCAACUCACAGGGCCAGCACAUCCAGUGUUUCACCGUCAAGCCGGUUCUCACCUUGCCCCAGCAGUUCAAGGACAAGGGAGUUCCUGAACAGAUCCUCAACUACUACCGGACCAAUGAGGUGGAUCAGUUCCAGUACUCCAGGCCAUUCAGGAAAGGGGAGAAGGAUCCAGACAACGAGUUCGCUACCAUGUGGAUUGAGAGAACCACGUUCAUCACGGCCUACAAGUUCCCUGGGAUUCUGAAGUGGUUCGAAGUGAAGUCCAUCUCUGUGGAGGAGAUCAGUCCCCUGGAGAACGCCAUAGAGACGAUGGAGCUGGCCAAUGAGAAGCUGAGUAACCUGGUGCAGCAGCAGGCCUGUGACCGCACGCUGGCCGUCCACCCGCUCUCCAUGAUGCUCAACGGCAUCGUCGACCCCGCCGUGCAGGGAGGCUUCGCCAACUACGAGAAGGCUUUCUUCAUAGAGAAGUACAUGCAGGAGCAUCCAGACCACCUGGAGCGCAUCGACGUACUCAAGCAUCUCAUUGCUUUGCAGAUUCCUCUGCUGGACGACGGGAUCCGUAUCCAUGGCGAGAAGGCCACGGAGCAGCUGAAGCCACUGCACAACCGCAUCGUCAGCUGCUUCAAGGACCUCCGCGCCAAGGUGGAGAAGGACUACGGGGUCAUCACUCUGCCCUGCUCUCUGACCCAGAAGAAGAAGAGUCGCGUGGGCUCGGUGGUGAUGCCCUACAUCAUGUCCUCUACGCUGCGCCGCAUGUCCACCAUCUCCACCCUAAGCUCCGCCUCCUCCGGCCUCUCCAGCGGAUCCGCCUCCUCAGAGGGACCGCCCUCACGCCCCCCCUCCCAGGACUCCAUGCUGUCUAGCGGAGCUGAGCGUCGGGCGUCGGUUCUGCCUCGUGUGGACGACGACUCGCGCAUCAGCAGGAAGAACAGGAAGGACUGGAACAUCAGCAAGUCCCAGGUGUUGCUGGAGCGCAACGACGCAGACCAGACUCUUCCGGAGAGGCAGCAGAGGCCUAAGAGUCUGCAGCUGGGGGAUCGGAGGCUCACACUGUCACUGUUCCAGGGAGACUCCCCCCAACUCAACACCCUGAGCCCCCUACCGCCCUCUCCAUUCACACCACGCAGCUCCAGCUACACCUGGCUGCCAGAGGAUGGCGCUAUUUCUGCACCCAGUCCAAGCACACCGCCUCCCAUGCCCCCCAAGAAGCACCCCCACGAAUCCGACUUCCCCCUCAACACUGCAGAGUUUACUCCUCCACUACCGACGAAGGUUGACGGCAAACCCCCUCCUCCUCCUCCCAAAACCCGCAAGUCCAUGUUCCCCUCUGAGCACGGCCUCUAGUGAUCUGCCCCCUGCUGCCCUGGAGGCCUCACUGCACCUGUCCUGCACCUGAUCCUGGGCUCUCAGUUCUUCCAGCCUCCCCACACCACUCACUGGGCCUCUGCAGCCUCUGCCCCAACACCGGGGCACUUUGGACUAUUCUGCCCAGAUACUGGGGCACUUUGGACCAUUCUCCCCCUACACAGGGGCACUUUGGGCCAUUCUGCCCCCAAAACCGGAGCUGUUGGAACCGUUCUGUUUCCACAGCAGGGCAUUUUGGACACUUCUUCUACCCGACUAGGGCAGUUUGGACACCUCUCCCCAUGUGUGACAGAAGGGCAGACUGAAUGUUAGUGUGUACUUGUGUGUGUGCGCAAUGGCAUCAAUGCACAGGGUGCGUGUGAGUGUGUGUUUUAGAGUGUGUGAGAGUGUGUGUGUGUGUGAGAGAGAGACAGAGACAGAAAGACAGACAGACAGACAAUGCCUUACUGAGCUCUAGGGGUCGGAAAGCUUAUUAGAAUUAUUCAGGAGAUUUUCUACUUUGAUGAUUUGAUUUUGUAAUCAGAAAUGGUUUUGUAUAUGUUAUUGUACUACUGUGUGUGUGUGUGUGUGUGUGUGUGUGUGUGUGUGUGUGUGUGUGUGUGUGUGUGUGUGUGUGCGUGUGUGUGUGUGUGCGUGCGCGUGUUGCUUCUCCACUGGACACCUGCUAACUUUUAGGCUUUUAAGGGAAAAUUAAUUUACUUGAAAAGGGGACACGGCCAUCCAGCAUUCUGAUGAACUUUUGAUUCCAAUGAACUUCCUGUGGCACUUUAGCUCCACCUGGGCUCCAGCGGGAAGCCUUCCUCUCCACACACACACACACUCCUCCCGGAACUACACACACACACACACACACAUAUACUCCUCAGAGGACUACACACAGACAUAUUUACUCACUGCCCCCAGGAUUCCACACACACACAGACACACUCCUCCGAGAAUUCCAUAAACACACACACACACACUCAUCUGAGGAUUCCACACACACACACACACACAUACACUCAUCCGAAGACUACACUCUCUCUCCUGGAGACUCAAACAAAACACACUCACCUCUUGGGUCUACACACAUACACACACUCCUCUGAGGACUUGUAAUACACACACACACACACACACACACACUUUGUCUCUCUAGGCCAGCAUGAGGAGUGCACAGUGGGCUGUGGUGUGUUAAGUGCCUUUGGGUCUCCCUCCUCCUUCUGCAUCUGACUGAAUCAGCACUGGAAUCUCUCUCUGGCCACAUUGCUCCUCCCCGCAGCGUUUGAGCAGCAAACAGACCAAGCUAUGCGCUUUGCAAUAUAGAUGUUUAUAUUUUUCUCACAGUGCGCAUUUCAGGUACUCUACUGCUGCCCUACGCUUCAUCAGCCAGGGUCACCUAACGCUGAAGAGCCUCAGUCAUUCCUUAUGAAUUGUAUUCUGACCUUGUCCUUCCAUUUCCAAGCAGGUUCCAAUGGCACAAAGCAUGAUUUCAGGAUUGUCGGGAUGCAGAUUGAGUAUUUUAUGCCUUAAGAGCGUAAAUAGACUUGUUCUAACGAACAUAUUGAAGACACCAGUUGUACGUGUGUUCCUUAAACGCAAAACCAGCUUAUGGUGUAACAGGUAAUAUUAGGGAAACUAGCCUGAUGGUGUGAAAGUAAUAUUUGGGAAACUUGCCUGAUGGUGUUUUUUAUUUUCUUCUUUGUGAUACUGUAUGAGCACAAACGAGCAAGAUUAUUUCAAACUGAAUAUUUUUGUAAACAAAAAUGUUUAACCAAACAGUUGCAAAUUAAAGUUGUGUCUAAUUGAGACAUGCAAAUGUUCA